AAAUGGGGUUCUGUAUUAGUUGGGUUGUUAAACCAACAGUUGUAAGUCUUGAGUCCCCUCCUUUCCCCCCCCUCCUCUCUAAAUAAAUAAUGAAAGCAUACAGAGAGGGGAAACUGCAGCUGAUUUGCUGAUGUCAGGCAGCCAGUGCAGCAUUUCAUGGUGCAGGGUGGAAACGGACGGUGCCUUCUGCCUCGAUUUGAGCUCUCAGCAAAUAUCCAACAAGAUAUUUUCUUUAAAAGAAAUAUAUAUAUAUAUAUCAUUUUAAAACCAAACCUCACACAUGCGAGCCCGACAGGAAGGAUGCCGCCAGCUCUCAGGAUUUGGGCUCUGCUGUGUGUGUCGCUGUGCUGCCUGUGUCAGCCGGCUCUUCUGAAAAAGCCUUUCCGAUGCCCUUCAACAUGCAGCUGCUCCAAGGAGUCCAUAAUAUGCGUCGGGUCCUCCAACAUCCCCAGGAUUGCCCCCAACGAGAUCACUUCAUUGAGUAUCGUCAAUGGGACUUUCUCUGAGGUCAGAGAGGCAAUGUUCGCCCACAUGCCCACCCUCCAGCUACUACUUUUGAAUUCCAACUCCCUGGCGACUAUAAGAGAUGAUGCUUUCUCAGGCCUUCCACAUCUGGAGUACCUGUUCAUUGAGAGCAACAAGCUGCAGACGACGUCUAAAUAUGCCUUCAGAGGACUCAGGGACCUGACUCACUUGUCUUUGGCAAACAACAACAUUCAGUUCUUACCCAGGGACCUUUUCAUCGACCUGGACUCUCUGAUAGAGCUGGACCUGCGCGGCAACGCCAUUGAGUGCGACUGCAGAGCCAAAUGGCUCAUGAUGUGGCUGAAGAGCACCAACGCCACAGUGUCGGAUGUCGUGUGCGCCGGACCGGAGGACAUGAAGGGCAAGCGCCUGAACGACAUGAGCAGCCUGCACAAUGAGUGCAUCUCGACGGAUUUCGUCCUUCAUCAGUCUGUGGCCGCUGAGUCACUGUCUGUUGAUACGUUCACCUUCAAGAAUGAUGUCUAUGUGACCAUCUCCGCUCCCAGCACAGACAGCUGUAUGGUUUUACAAUGGGACCACAUUGAAAUGAACUUCAGGACAUAUGAUAAUAUCACAGGUCAGUCCAUUGUUGGUUGCAAGUCAGUUAUCAUCCAGGAUGAGGUUUACGUCAUUGUGGCUCAGCUCUUUGGUGGUUCCCACAUCUACAAGUUUGACGACGACCAAAGCAGGUUCAACAAGUUCCAGGACACUGAAGUGUCCAAGAUCUCCAAACCCAACGACAUUGAGGCUUUUCAGAUCGGAUCAGACUGGUUCUUUGUCAUCGCUGACAGCUCCAAAGCUGGCUUGUCAACCCUGUACAAGUGGAACGACAACGGCUUUUACUCACACCAGUCCCUGCACGAGUGGUUCCGCGACACAGACGCGGAGUUCCUGAACUUAGACGGAAAGGCUCAUCUAAUCCUGGCGAGUCGCUCGCAGGUUCCAGUGAUCUACCAGUGGAGCCGGAGCAACCAGAAGUUCAUCCUACAAGGUGAUAUCCCCAACAUGGAGGACGUUGUUGCUGUGAAACACUUCCGGAUCAAGGAGGAGCUCUACCUUGCCAUGACCCGCUACAUUGGUGACUCCAAGGUCCUAAGAUGGGGACCCAAACAGUUUGCAGAGAUCCAGGCGGUACCGUCCCGAGGCUCUAUGAUCCUGCAGCCGUUCUCCUUCAAGGAGCGCUACUACCUGGCUCUGGGAAGUGACUAUACGUUCUCGCAGAUCUACCUGUGGGACGAUGACCAGAAAGUCUUCGACCGCUUCAAGGAGGUGUACAUCCAGGCACCGCGCUCAUUCACCGUGGUCUCCACCGACCGCAGGGACUUUAUAUUUUCCUCAAGCUUCAAGGGGAACACGCAGAUCUUUGAGCACGUCAUUAUUGACCUGACCUUGUGAGGGGCCGUUCCUUGUUGCCCCUCCUACAAUCAAAUGUCUUCCAUUCAAAAAGAUACACGACUGAAACAAAGGAAAACGACUUUAUACAUUCAAAUAAAUGCAUAGUCAUGAUGUUAGAGCUUGGUGAGGCAUUGGCUUGACUUGAUGCCCAUCUCGAUAGAACCAUGAGCUAAAAUAACUCCAACAACCUUUACAUUUGCUGUCAUUUUUGCCAACUGGGGACAAUGUCGACACGUUUGCCUCUUUCUUCAUGUCCUCCUAGCCUGUGACAGCGUAGUAGUUCAGUGCUCUGACGGGCUCACAGUGCCUCCUCCUGGCUGUGAUGAAGUAUCACACCCCUUUUUUUCCUUACAGGGAAUGUCUCUAAAGCACAAACCUUUAACUAUCAUAGCUGAGAUCUUAGAAUGUAGCUGUUUAGUGGAAAUGGUACUGUAGGUGCUAUUGACUGUAAUAUACAUCGCGAGUUAAUUGAAAACGAUAAUAAAUGGUUGUUUGGAGAAGUAAAAUAUUACGUUAAGUCCACCUCAGAUAAAAUUACCUGGAUGGAGAGUUAUCAUCUUGUUCCAGCUUCAGAUGAGAGGAGUUUUUUUUGUGCCGAUCAGGUAAAUUAACCAUAUUUUCAAGUCUGAAUAAUAAUAAAAAGAAUUGCUCUUUGGUUUGUAAAAUGACAUUUUUGAAGCAUCUAUAAGAAAAAAAAUAUGUAAAUACUAUCCACUGAAACGUAGAGCCUUUCCUUGUUCUUAGAAAAAAAAACUUGAAUGUUGACCUCUUACCAAGUGUACAUACGAUCAGGAUUGCAAUGCCACUACCUGUUCUUAACAGUACUUUGCACUUACUAACAAAAGUCAGUUGUUACUGCAGCCUGCAACAGCAUGACAUGAAAAAAAGGUGAAUUUAUUUUUGGAGAAACCUGGCGAACUUUUUAAGUGCUUUCAAUAUUGAUAAAUGGCAUCGCAAAUAAAAUAAAAUAAAAUAUGCAAGCUUUCUAAUUCUUUUGUAAGAUCAAGUUUAAAGCUUACUGAAUGUUCAUGUUACAAACUGCUGUACAUUCAUCCAAUCGAGAAUCGAAAUAAACGUGAAAAAGCGUAAA